CCUCUCCCUCUCUCUCUCUUUCUCUCUCUCUCAUCCUUCCACAUGCUCUUGUUUAUUUUCUUCUCUUUCCCUUCCAUAAAUAGACCCCCUGACUCCAUUCUCCCUUUCAUCAUCUCUUGUUUCUCAUCAUCCUCUUCUUCUCUUUGAUCCCUCUAGUGCACAAACAAAUCAACCUAUGGCUCUUAGGAAGAACAACAAGCUUUCACAGGCUGCAGCACUGAAACAAAUACUGAAAAGAUGCUCAAGCCUCGGGAGAAAACAAGGGUAUGGAGAGGAGGAUGGGCUCCCACAAGAUGUUCCCAAAGGCCACUUUGCAGUGUAUGUGGGUGAGAAUAGGAGUAGGUUCAUAGUGCCUAUCUCCUACUUAACUCACCCUGAGUUCCAAACACUGCUUCAGAGAGCUGAAGAGGAGUUUGGGUUCCACCAUGACAUGGGUCUCACCAUCCCUUGUGAAGAGGUUGUCUUUCGUUCUCUCACUUCCAUGCUUAAUUAGUUAAACUCAACCAUGAGAAGUACGUGAAGUCAAGAAGAAGAGAUCAUGGAGGAGUUUGUUUGAAGGAAAGAAGUUGAGAACCAUGUAUGCAUGUACAUGCAUGGCUUGUUUUCCUUCUGGUUUUUGCUCCUCUGUGAGUUUCUAACUAUUUAAAAAAAACCCAGUGAGACAUGUUCAUGGGUUUGAUUUGUUGUACAUUUUAGAGCGGCGUGCGGUUGCGCCGCCCUGCAAGAGCUGAUUCAUUAGUUAAUGUUGAAGUUCAUUCCGGGGGCUCACUUCCCUGUUUUUCUA